GUUUUUUUUUAUCUUUCAUUCACACCAUGAACCGAUACGAAAAGAUACUUAUAAAUGGACAAGAGUUUAUAUAUGACCUUGAUCCUAAUCUUAUCUUUUCAUAUACCAAAGACCAGUUUGAGUAUAUAUACACCAGUCAUGGACGAGAACUUACAGAGGUCGUAACCGCGCAGCAAAUGAUUCAUAAAGUGCAGUUGACCAUUCAAUCAGUUUUAAGUUGUAGAAAUUCAAAGAAGGAACCCAUAUUGGUAGUUAUAGCCACGGACAAAAAUAUGAAUAAUCUUAUUUUUUGUUACUACAUUAUGGAGAAAUUGCUUGUCCGAGUAAAAUCAAAUCAGAAUUUCAAAGGCGAAAUUUCCAAAGCAAGCGUAACUCAAGAUCCUUUUAAUGUGCAUUUCAGGAAUAAAGUCUCUGAGGAAAUGGAGAAUUGCUAUGGCCUUGUGAUCGGAACACUAGCAGGAAAUACGGAUUUUCUUCUGCUUAAAUUGGAUGAGUUUACCAUGGAAGCUACAUUAAUGUCUAGUCAACCGAUUAAAGACAAAAAGAGCACCUCUUUAGGGCACGUAACCGCAAUUCAUAUUCUUCCACCCGAUCAGAAUGAUACAAGAAUGGGUCAUUGUGAUCCCCAGAUCCUUUUGGGCUACAGUCGAGGAUCUAUUCUUAUUUAUCGAUACAGAGCUAAAAUCUAUUCAUAUAAUGCACCCAGAUUGAGAUUACCAAUCAACUUAUCUGAAUUCACAGAUUAUAGAAACUAUCCCAUCACAUUACUGUCUUGUGUUCGUUCUUACAACAGUUUAGCAAUGACGGUCGCCUUUUCUCAAGAUAAACCUGAGGGAAAUGUUCGAUAUGCAGACUCCAGUCCGUAUGUCAAACUAAUUGAAACACAGGGUGAUUUAUCACGAAAACAACUUACCGUCCUCUACCCCUCUGAUCCAUCUGCUGUUAUCUUGGAAGCGAACUUACUAUUAACUGAGCUAACAACCAACGAACUUGAUAGUAUCAUUCAACUGGAUAUCAUUUAUCAGAACAAGUUUAGUUUCGAGCUGAACAUAUGGGAUCUGAGUCCUACGCAAAUGAAAUGGAAAUAUACAGCUGAAUUAGACCAAGGCACCUGUUAUGCAUUGAUUCAUCGUCGAAGCAGACUAAGAUCUGAUGAUUUGCUGGCCUAUUAUAAGAAUACGCCGCAACGACUAUUACAGGGCAUUCUUCAAUAUCAGAAAGCCAUGACUACGGACAGCGGCUUAGAACUGAAGCGUAAGGCAGCAUCAUAUGAAGACAGGAUUGCAAAUAAAAGAACGAAACGGUCGGCUGCUAACAAGGUGGCCACUCAAUCUAAUACGGAUGAAAACAGUAGUACAGGGGGCGAGAUAAGCGAGUCUGAAUCUUGCUUUGAUGUUUUAUCUGAAGCUUGCUCAACAGUUUCAGAAGAACGUCAGGUACCAGAGUCAAUCAACACUAGAUCUGUGGCAGCUGGGGGGAAUAUUGAAGCAUCUUCUACAGUUUCAUCGACAGAAGAUUCACAUAGCUCCGACAAAGAGACUGAAGUUGCGGAAUCCGCAAAAAAUGUCACUGAUAUGGUCAUUGAUGAGCUGGAAGAUGAUCCUGAAGAGACUAUCACAGAAGAAACAACACAUACUGUGACCCAGGAAAUCACCACGGAGACUGUUACAGAUGUUGAUACUGAUAAAUCAGUGGAGACCGUCACUCAGUCGUCUGUCGAGACAUCCACUGAAAAUGUGCUUGUUGACGAUAAAAGCAACGAGUGGACAUUGGUCGAGAGAACAGAAACAGUUGAAGAAGAUUCAACAGCUCAAACGAACGAAGAUGCAUCAUCAGAAGUGAGCCAGCAAGAAUCAUAUGAUCUUGGGGAUCAAUCCAUCCAGGCAGCUGAACCCAAAUCAACAGAUAUGCAGGAGGACUUUGAAUUGACACAGGAGCAUGAUGCACCCGAAGAUUUAGAAGAAGAUGUCGAAGUAAAAGAUGAAUCUAACAAUCAAGAGGAGCCUGUAUCAGAAGAAGAGAUUUUAGAAGAAAGUUUCACAGUAGAUAGGUUAGAGUCACCUGAAAAAUGUACAGUAGAGCAGGACCUUGUUACGGAAGACGCUAUUGUUAAGCAUGAAGAUUUCGGCUCUCAGGAUUUAGAAAUGCAAGAGGAUACCAAUACUCCAGGAGAACUUGAGACUCAAGAGGAUACAGAUACGCCCGAGGAUAAAAAUAUGCAAGAAGAUAUAAAUACACAUGAGGAUGAUAAUAUGCAAGAAGAGAUCGAGCAAGAGGAGAAAGCUAAUAUUAGCGAAAACGCUAUUAAUAGCCAAGAUGAACCUUAUCCUCAAUGUGAAAUUAAAAGCGGCGGGCAUAUUGAUAUGUUAGAGGCUUCCAAUUCUCCUGAGGCUGUUGAUUCUUCUCAUAAUCAAAAUAGCUUCAAUGAAAAAGACAGCACUAUCCCAGAAGACAUUGUUAAAAUUGAAAAGGACACCUACAUUGAAGACAAUACCAAUUCAGAAGACGGUAAUCCUAGACAAGACGACAUGAUGACUCAAGAUGAUAUCAGUACUCAAGACACGAUUGCUACAGACUACAACGAAAGCACUCAAGACACAGUUACUACAUACUACAAUGAAAGUACUCAAGACGAUAUUGCUAUAUAUGAUAACAACGAUACAGACGAUGGUAUUAGCGCAAAGGACGGUAUCGACGAAAAGUAUGUGAUUGUCGAAAAAACCAAUGGUAAUGCACAAAGCGAUUGUGAUAGAACAAAGGACGAUGUUGUUCCGGAUGAACAUAACCUACAAGAUGACCCACAAACCGAUGUAAAUGCCCAACAAGGCGUUCACACAGGCACGUCAGCGGGUCUUAAUCAACAGGAAGAUUUUGUUUAUAUUGAAAAACCGAUUGGAUCGACCGAAAAUGAUUCAGUACAGACCUCUAGUAAAUCUCCAGAAUUACGUAGUGAGUCAUUGAACAAUAACAUCGAGUCCUUUGGACAAGACAUGGAGGAACAAGUUGAUACCCCAACAAACGCUGAUGUGCUUUCUGACGGAUAUGUGCAGGAGAAAAUUCAUGUUGAAACUGCAAGUGAAGAAGGAUUACUCAAUCAAUAUAACAAAGAACCAUCUACCUUAUUGGAUGUGCAGCUUGAAACUUUGAUGUCAAUCAUUCAACAAGCCAACACCGAGAAAGAUUCGAAAAAUUUAACUGCGAGUGCUGCAACAACUGAAGAGCAUUUCAUUCAAGAUCCCGUAGAAAUAAUAACUCACAACUCCUCUGCGGUGACUACAGACAAUAAUGAACAAGUCGAAAUUAUUCAGGAUGGUUACAUAGAUGUCAAUAAAAGCGCUAUUACAGUAGAAGACAUAAAUGAAAACCAAGAUAACCUGAACGAGAUCAAUGAAACUAAAGAAACUUUUAAUGCAGACCAUCACAGUGUUGAUUCGACAUGUACUGCAGCUGAUGAGGACGAGAUCAUGGACAAUGAUGAGGAUGAUGACUGCGACAUGGGUUAUUGCGAUGAUAGUGAUUUAUAUAAUUCACCUACAAAGGAAGACGAACCAUUACAGAGUACAGCGACGGUAGAUGAGGGCGAAGAAGAUAAAGAUGACACACUGCAGGAUGAAGGAUCUAUCUGCGAAGACAGAGAUGUUUUGUCUGAUAUCGGAUCCAUUCACAAUUCAUUUAUUCCUGCUUCAAAUAUAGCAAGCCCCGAUACCACUACCACAACAAUUGAAUCAUCACCAAAGGUUGAUUAUAUCCCAGUCAUGCAACAAGACUUGGCUCGUUUAUCAGAAUCCUCAGACCAUAGUAGUGAUCAAAAUGCCAUUGCAAAGGAACAAGAGGAACAAAGGAUUGAAGACGCCAAUCAAGUCAAAAUUGCCCUUGAAAAAGCACAAGAAGAGAAAAGGAUCGAGGAAGCCAAUCAAGUCAAGAUCGCCCUUGAAAAAGCACAAGAAGAUCAGAGGAUUGAGGAAGCCAAUCAAGCCAAGCUCGCACUUGAAAAAGCGCAAGAAGACGAAAGAAUCGAAGCUGCCCGUCAAGCUAAGCUCGCUCUUGAAAAGGCCCAAGAAGACGAAAGAAUCGAAGCUGCCCGUCAAGCCAAGCUCGCUCUUGAAAAGGCCCAAGAAGACGAAAGAAUCGAAGCAGCUCGUCAAGCCAAGAUCGCGUUUGAAAAGGCACAAGAGGAGCAAAGGAUUGAAGCAGCCCGUCAAGCCAAAAUCGCGUUUGAAAAGGCACAAGAGGAGCAAAGAAUUGAAGCAAUCAGGCAAUCCAAGCAGGCUUCUGAAAAGGAGUUCUCGAUACUUUUGCACGAAACCAUUAAAAUUCGAGAUAUCGACACAUUUAUGAAGAUGCCCUUGAUAGACCAAGAUCAGAUUGAUGAAAUCGGCCUUUCUUGUUGGUAUACUCCUGAUGCUCGUGUCAAAUUGUUAUUGAUUCGAUACUUAUGCAAACAUAGCUUGGGAAAGAUGAUUGUGCCGUUAUGUAAACGUAUUUUUGAUGCACCUAAUGAUUUUACAGAGGAAGAAACGCAAGAAUACAAGUCCAUCUAUAAGAAAUAUAUCAAGGAGUAUCCCUCCUACAAUGAAGAUAUAAAUGUCUUUACUUCAGAAGGCCGUCAAGAAUUAAUACACAAGGAAUUAAAUCGAUUCAAGUUUAACCCAAGUUAUACCAGUGAGGAACAGAAAAAGAGUUUUCAAAAGUACAUGGAUUAUUAUGGAUUUGGAAGUAAUUUGAUGUCUCUUCAGUAAAACUUGUUUUUUUUUUAUUCCAAAGCAGAGUUGUAAAUAGAAAUAAAAGAAAGCAGUUCCCAUU